CGUCCGACGAGCGAACCAGUCCGCACGCGGUCGAUUUACGUUCGACACGACACGACUCGAAGAAGGAACGACGACGACGACGACAGGCUUAUUAUCGUUAUUUUACGUAUAAUAUUAUAUUGGCCCCGGCGCCGUCAAGCACAUCGAUCCGGUUUUUAUUUGCAGUCCUUCACAGACGACGACGACAAAUACGACGUUUGGCUCUUGACGCAAUAAUAAUAUUAUGGCCCGAACGUCCGUCGUGGUUUUCGCACUGAUCGCGGCCAUAUGUCUGCGGCGGACUGCGGGCGCGGCGGAUCGCUGGGCACGAGCAACCGACUGGACGGCGACAAACGGUUUUAGCAUUCUGGAAGCUACAAAUAUUGUGGAACAAAACGUGGGUGUCAGCGCCAUCAGUGGCCGAUGUAUCAACGACAAGGCGUACAAACUUAACGAAAGAGCGAUUUUAAGUAUAGAAACGUCUCAGAUAUUUCCCGAGUUCCAGCAAUUUCCCUUAGAUUUUUCAAUAUUGGCCGAGAUCAGAACUGACCAAGGUUCCGAUACGAAUAGAGUUUUUCUCAUUUACAACGAAGCGGGAGAUGAACAGUUGGGUUUGACAGUUGGGAGUGACAUUGUGUUGUUUUACAACGACAUGGAAGCCCAAGAGGAAUAUAAGACCAAAGUAAAAUUUAAUUCUAUCAUCAAUGAUAGUCGGUGGCAUAAAUUAUUGUUCAGUAUUAAAGGAAAUUCAGUGACUUUGAUUUUGGAUUGCGAUAAACAAAUCACAAAAGAACUUAAGAGGAAUACAACAAUCAGCAAUUCAGGAAUCGUGAUGAUUGGCCAACAACUAGAUGAAACAUUUUAUCUGGGUGACAUUCAAGAGUUAAGGUUUUAUUCAACGCCAGAUGCUGCUUAUGAAAUGUGUUCCGUCCCGAUGAAUGUAUGUAUUGAAACGCAAAAUAAAAUCGAAACAUCGAAAACUGACGUGACGGACGAAAACAAAUUCGAAGAAUCUUCCACGGCCGAUGCGAAUCCAUUGGAAACGACGAGCGUUACUCACAGCCCAAAAUCGUCCGAUGCGAACAUCAGCCAGAGCUCGUAUGGUAUUCUGCAAUCUUCGUGUGUGUCGGCCGUUCGUGGAUAUCCUGGCCCACCCGGAGUGCAAGGGCCCCAAGGUCCAAAAGGAGAUGCUGGUCGUGAUGGCAUAGACGGGUAUGCUGGUAUACAAGGACCUCCGGGACACGUGUUUUUAAUACCACUUAACCAAAAUCCAGGGGAUAAAGGUCCAGAUAGCCAAGCCGAAAUGUUCAGACAAAUGUUGRCACAACACAUGUUAUCUAUGAGAGGAAUAGAUGGACCAAUGGGCAUGACGGGAGUUGUAGGACCGGAAGGUCYACCUGGUCCCGAAGGACCCAAAGGCGAGUCUGGUGAACAAGGAGAAGUGGGACCAAGAGGUGUUAGAGGGAUGCCAGGUCCACCAGGUCGUGAUGGACACAGGGGUAAACCGGGUCGAGAUGGAGAACGAGGUGUUACAGGACMACCUGGAGUCAAAGGAGAGCCAGGAUUAACAGGAGCAAUGGGAUUGCCUGGAGAAAAAGGAGAUCGUGGACUUCCAGGUCAAGUUGGUGUUACAGGCCCUCGUGGUAGUGAUGGACCCCAAGGUGAAGAAGGGCCUCAAGGUUUAGCUGGCUUACCCGGAGAAAUGGGACCCAGAGGCUUUGCCGGUCUACGUGGAUUCCCAGGCCCUCCUGGCCCCCCAGGAAUUCCAGGAUCAGAAGGUCCUGCAGGUGCUAAGGGUAACACUGGAAAUACUGGAAUCCCUGGACCACCUGGUCAAAUUGGCGCUGCUGGUCCUGUUGGUUCUACUGGGGCACCAGGCGCUUUGGGUCCUCCAGGAGAUCAAGGACCUCCGGGAAAACCAGGAUUACCAGGAUUACCAGGAGCUGAUGGAUUACCCGGACACCCCGGAAAUACUGGUGCUGUUGGGCCCAAAGGAGAUACUGGACCAAUUGGAUCACCAGGUCCCAUUGGAUUUUCUGGAACGCGUGGUGUAAAAGGCGAUAUAGGUGUUCGUGGUCCAAUAGGAGAUAAAGGAGACAAAGGAGAGAGAGGAUCUGAUGGAGAAAAGGGAGAUCAAGGAUUCAAAGGAGAGCCAGGAUUGGCUGGACCACCAGGUUUAGUUGGAAUUGAAGGUCCAGAAGGGCCAAAAGGAUCUGAAGGACCUCACGGUGAAAGUGGUACAAUUGGAUUACCAGGUGAAAAGGGGAAACCAGGACCCGCUGGAUUGCCAGGAUAUCCUGGUGCUCCGGGUGAAAAAGGUGAUAAAGGAGCAUAUGGUAAAGAUGGCAUCUCUGGUGAAAAAGGAGAACGAGGAAAUACGGGAUUACCAGGAGAAAGAGGAGAAACUGGACCAAGAGGAUUCAGAGGUGCUAGAGGACGUGAAGGAUCUGAAGGAAUUCCUGGACCAAAGGGUGAUACUGGACAACCUGGUCCUACUGGUGCAUCGGGAGAACGUGGAAUACCGGGUGCGGAUGGCUUAAGAGGAUUUGUUGGUCCUCCAGGUGCACCCGGAAUAAGUGGAAAAGAUGGUUUACCUGGUUUUCCGGGAGAACGAGGUCCUCCAGGUGAUACGGGGCCUAUAGGUGUUACCGGAAUCCCUGGAGUCGUUGGACCACCAGGUCAAUCAGGCGAAAUAGGUCCUGUGGGAGAACCAGGUCCACCAGGUCAGCCUGGGUUACCAGGAGAAGCAGGAAGACCGGGUGACGCAGGAAAAGAAGGACUUCCAGGCCCAGUUGGUCCACCUGGAAAACCUGGUGAACCAGGAUCUCCAGGAUUACAAGGGUUCCCAGGCGAUAGAGGAUUUCCGGGAGUACCAGGAGCAGCUGGACUAAAAGGUGACGCUGGACCUCCAGGUCCUCUUGGUUCAACUGGAGAUAAAGGGCAACAAGGUGAAUCUGGCAAAGAAGGACCUCAGGGUGCAGAAGGACGCAAAGGACCUACAGGAAUACCAGGUGUAGUGGGUCCAAAAGGAGAUAAGGGUGAAAUAGGACUUGCUGGUCCAAUGGGAAACGAUGGAAUAGCGGGAGCACGAGGCGUUCCAGGACCCCCAGGACCGGUUGGACCACCAGGAGAAGACGGAGAUAAAGGUGAAAUCGGCGUUCCCGGAGAAAAGGGAUUCAAAGGUUCAAAAGGAGAAAUGGGCCCAGUCGGAGCAUUAGGAAAUCCAGGAUUAAGAGGAGAACGUAACAUUGGGCCAGAAGGACCAAAAGGGAAUGCAGGUGUUCCCGGAUUUCCAGGACCUCAAGGUGAACCAGGAAUUCAAGGACCAAAAGGUGACAGUGGUCGAGACGGUGAUGAUGGAAAAAUAGGCGCUCCAGGACCUCCAGGUGAAAUUGGUCCAACAGGUAAUCCAGGUAUCGUGGGACCUCCAGGACGAACUGGAAAUGAAGGUCCUCCAGGACCUCAAGGAAGCUCAGGGUUACCUGGAGAAAAAGGCGAUCAAGGUUUAAUAGAAAACGUGAUGAAAAACACAACAAAUAAUAAUCAUAAAACCCUUCGUUUACCAGUUAUACCGAUAAAAAGCUCCAAAUAUUUUGAAAAUUGUAUGGGUGAAGUUGGUUUACCAGGAAAACCAGGAAAGGACGGAGAACCAGGCAAAAUUGGUGAAAUUGGCCCUACUGGAGAAAAAGGAGAACGAGGAAAACGGGGACCAAAAGGUCAUCCUGGAGAAAUAGGUCCAAUGGGUAUCAAAGGUCAUGAAGGCGAGAAAGGUGACAAGUGUGAACGAGGAGAUCGAGGACCCGAAGGUCAAAAAGGAGAAAUGGGUCCCAUUGGGUUAAUAGGAACUAAAGGCAAUGAUGGUCCGGUUGGAGUCCCAGGUGUYGAAGGCUUGCCAGGUCCCAAAGGUAUCGAAGGAGUAGCUGGAAACAAGGGUGAACAAGGACCUCCAGGACCUCCGGGUCCUCCGGGACCACCGGGUGAAUUACCACUAUUACCACCUGAGUUGGCUGGAUUUCAGCAAAACGCUUUGGCCCGAUGGAAACGGGAAUUCAAUGAAAUCAAUUCCGAAGACAGCGCAAAAACAAAAACGAGUAGUUCAGGACCAAGUGACAAUAAUGAUGGCCCUAAAUACAUAGACAUUGUAAGUUCGAUUUACAGUAUGAGACAAGAUCUGGAACGAAUAAGAAAGCCUGUCGGAACCCGUGAAAAUCCCGUCAUGACGUGCAAAGAUUUGUUUUACGGGCAUCCACAGUUUAAAGAUGGAUGGUACUGGAUCGACCCAAACUUGGGUAUGCCAUACGACGCCGUGUACGUGUAUUGUAACAUGAGCAGCGGCGGAGAAACGUGCGUAUUUCCAGAUAUACACUCAAGUCAAAUGCCAAACAUCCCGUGGCGUAAGGAAGGCGACAAGACGGACUGGUAUUCAAAUCUCAGGGGCGGUUUCAAAACGAGAAAAUCUAAAAGCGAAACCGUAUUUGAAAUCCGUACCAACAAGUUGAACAGUCUGCCACUGACAGAUUUCUAUCCAAUCGACUACGGGUUGCCACAUCAAGCAUUCGGCUUCGAAGUGGGACCGGUGUGCUUCAAAUGA